AUGGUCGCAUACCUUCACAAUCUCAUCUUACUCCUACUGGGAGGAAAGCUGGCUGCCGGCCAAGCGGUGACAGUUGCAGCAACACAGUCGACAGGAUGGAAUUCUUCUUUCGAGCUCAGCGCCGAUCAGGUCGAACAAGCCAACUUGACCAGUGACCUCGCGGCAAUCGUCAACUCAAUCACCAAGUUCGACCGAUCUCAGCUUGCCAACGGCGGAGCACACGAGGACGAUUUCUACAACAUCCAGGGCCUUCCAAAGGACCAAUGGCCCACAGAGCCCGGGAAGACCCUCAAGCUCCAAGAGUUCACCGACCCGUCGCCGUUCUCCAUACCCGCCAAGACGGCCAUGUCCCGCAUCAUCUACAGCACCACCAACCUAAACGGCACUCUGAUCCCCGCUUCUUUCUAUAUCCUGUGGCCAUUCCACCCACGACCAAUUCGCAGUCUGAACAACACCACAACUGCAUCAUCCGCCCCCGUGGUCCUGUGGACCCACGGAACAUCCGGCUGGUACGCCAACGGCGCCCCCUCGACCCACCGUGGGCUCUUCUACGCGGACUUUGUCCCAUUUGUGCUGGCGGAGGCUGGGUACGCUGUCAUUGCUCCUGACUACGCAGGGCUAGGUGUUGACGCUUCCUGGGAUGGAAGGUACAUCCCGCACCAGUACAACAUCCGCGAAGCCGGUGCGCGCGAUGCCCUGAACGCACUGCGAUCAGCACGGGAGUCUUUUCCUACGCUCUUGUCAAGCGACUACGUAUCGGUAGGCCAUAGCCAGGGCGGUGCAGUCGCCUGGGGCCUGUCCGAGAUCCUGGCCCGCAACGACUCCCAGUUCACUGAUGUGACAGAGGGCUACCUCGGUGGGGUGGUUGUUGCUCCUCCGACGGUAUCCUUAUCAGUCACCAUACCGGGAUUUAUCGCGUGGAUCGCCAAGGAGCUGGACUCGGUUUUCCCAACCUUCAACGUCAGUGACUGGUUCACUCCGCUGGGUGUCAGCAGAAUCGACCUCUUGAAUCAGAUCGAGGGAUCGCAGAUGGUGACAUUUGCCAUACUGGGCGACUCAGAAGCGGGGUUCUUGCAGCCCGGUUGGAACGAGACCUGGUACGCUGAUGCGUUUUCAGCGUUGGCAAACCCAGGAAAGCUGCCGUUCAAGGGACCGUUUCUCAUCGUUCAAGGGACAGAGGACUCAACGGUGAUGUACAACACGACAAGAACCACCGUACAGGAGACGUGCAGGCUCUACCAGGGGGAUCUCGAGCUGCUGGCUGUCGCCCAGGGCGGCCAUUUCUCCGCCAUCAACGCGGCGAAGCACACCUGGCUGCAGUGGAUUGAGGACCGCUUCGAGCACCGGCCUCUUGCCAAGCGCGGCUGUGUCGAGUCCCAGUUGGAUAGUUUGCUGCCAGCGGAGAACUAUCAAGCGCAGGCCAACUCAUUCCCGAUGUGGGCGGGAGAAGAACGGUUUGCUUACGAGGUGCCUACCGCACUCUGA